AGAAAUAUAGCUUCUCUGUUUGUCCAUCUCAUCCGCAAUUUUAGAGCACAACUACGAAAUCUUCACUUUCAUUGGAUAUAACAAGGCAAAAGCAUUUGUAGCUAAAAAAGAAUUAGGCUUUGCUUCCUGUUGUUGAUAUCCUUAUUAUUACAUUGGCGGCGCCGUUUGAUGGGAAGUGCGAUGAAAGGGAUUUACAAAUUCUUUACCCAAAUUUUUGUUGUGAAGGAGCGGGAGGUGGAAAUGGAAAUGGAAAUUGGGCAACCAACAGAUGUUAAGCAUGUGGCUCACAUUGGAUGGGAUGGUCCUUCUGAGAGUGGACCCAGUUGGAUGAAUGAGUUUAAAUCGGCACCUGAUUUUUCAACGUCGAUUGGUCCCCGAAGAGACCCCAAUACUACGUCCAUCCGAGAGCCUCAAGAAGAAACCCAACAAACAACAGGGGUUGCCAAUGUUGCUAAGAAGCCAAGGCGGAAAAAGGUUAAGUCAACUUCUUCUCCCAAGUCAUCGCCUUCUUCUUCUACAUCCAAGCACUCAAAACCUGCAAAGUCAAAGACUAAAAUGCAGCAGCAAGUUCAAGCCACUGAUUGAGAAUAGAAGCAAUGUGAAUACUGAAUAUAUAGAAGCUAUCAACUGGUAUACACUAUAGAAAGAAAGGAAACUCUUUUCAUCUUGUUUAGUAGCGAAUCCUCCUAACUUGCUUAGACUGACCAAUACAAAUUUGGAACUCAUUCAAAAAAUAUAUUGUAAACAAAGAUGUGAUUAUCUUAGGGUGAUCGAGUUAUUUUGUGCGUGCCAAUGUCUGUGUUUUAGGGUUAACUUUAUA